AUGAUCAUUGUGAUUUUACUGAAGGCCGGUCAUGGUGAGCCCCAUCAGAACCAAGGCUGCGGCGGAAGACUAAAAGGCCCCGUGGGAACAAUCCAGACCCCCAAUUUCCCAAACCCGUUCCCUGUCCCCAUCAAAUGCAAAUGGAUCAUCGAACACGAUAUCGUGAAUGGAACUAUAUCGAUAUACUUCACGCAGCAGUACAUCACUAGCGGUCUCACCUUUACCGAGUACAUGUACUAUGAUAACACUUACAAGUUGGGGGAGAGACGAGCUUUAACCGUUACUGAGGAAAACAUCACUAGGAUCAAGUAUCUACAGGUACAAAGUCCAGUACUAGUUGUGGAGUUAACACUGGACAGGCUGGAAGGGACACAGCUACGCGCGCUCGGUCUCCUAUCUGUCUUCGGGCUAAACGUGACAUAUGCUGUGCAUUCACCUGAGUCCUCGAUGGACAAUACGCCGCGGGCCUCCUGCAGUGCAAUAGAGUGCCGAUUGCUCGGACAUUGUUAUGCUACACGCGAUUAUUCAGAAUUCUUUUGUUCGUGUUUCGAUGGUUACUCAGGACCUGACUGCGGGAUUGGGCCUCUAUGUCCAACUACUUCUAACUUGUGCAAGAAUAAAGGGACUUGCAGGCAAAUGGGUCCCGCCGCUGUUAGCUGCAUUUGUGCGCCGGGAUACACCGGCGACCUCUGUGAAUCUGAAAUUGCUUCGCCAGAAUGCGGUAUAGAGGAGUGUUCGGAGAGCUGUAAAGAUGGAAAGAGCUGCGAUUGUAAUCCGAAAGAUGGCGAUAGUUCCUCCGCCCGUUUUGAAACAAGAUUGGAAGUUAUGGACCUUGGAAAGGCUAACGUAACUGAAGAAAUCAUUAACCAGAUAACAAACUACUUGCGCGCUACAAAUAUUACACUUCAAGAAGAAAUAGAAAUUUUAAAUAUAAGCUCAGCAGACGCAAGUGGUAGCAGAUCUGUCUGGCUCCGAGUGUGGGGUCUACGUCGAGAAGCGGGUUCUGUACGCACAGCUUUUGCACGACUAGCCGCCACCCGAGUUAACACAGAAUCACUUCGACUCUUGCCAGUCUCACUGCACUUUGACAUGCAACCAGCGUUGAGUCUACACAAACUGAUAAUAAACCAACAUCCAGAAGUUUGGGAAGGCGGCGAGUUUAUAUUGAGCUGCAUGGCUUACGGCUCUCCAGAUAUUACAUUCACUUGGUAUAAAGACGGGGUGAAGAUCAACUUUAACGGUACCUCCAGGGAUAUUUGGACUCGUACGGUCGCCGAAGACGCAUUGGGUCGUCGCAUGACUGUCCUUGGCAUAUCUGAAGCCAAAAAGCUGGACAGUGGCAAGUGGUCUUGCGCGGCGGAAGAUGCCGGCCGAAGGAGGUGUAGUGCCUUGCGACUUACCGUUUUCCGACCACCAAAUAUCAUCCUAGUUCCAUCCACGCUUACACUGAAUAAAGGCGAUAAUGUUAGUAUCACAUGCUUGGCUGGAGCUGGUAGAAUGCACGGGACUUUAGGCUUCAGCUGGGCUCGGGAAAAGAGCCUUCUCGCUCUUGCUCCAGGGCGUGAAGUAUGGGAAGACCUUUAUCCCGCAGGAAGCGUACUUAAACUGUACAAUGUUCAGAAAUCAGGUGAAUACAGCUGUCAAGUGUCUUCAGCGGCUGGUACUAACUCAAAGGCGGUGACAGUUUGGGCUGUCAGUUCCACAGAUAACAUUUGCCAAAGCGAAGCUUCAAACGGAAUACGGUGGCCACAAACCGCCCCAGGGGCACAUGCUGUAUCUAACUGCCCUACUGGAUAUACCGGGGAAACUACUAGAUUCUGCGAGCCAAAAACCAGCCAAGUCGGUGUGAAAUGGACUCAACCCAAUUUUUCUGGAUGCAUCGAUGAUUCGUUGCAAGAUAUAUACGAACAGUUUACACGAAUAUCGUAUGGAUACUCCUGGGUGUCGGUAUAUGACGUGGUUCGUCAGUACGGCGCAGUUUUAAGAUCGCUACCCGGACACCCCGGGGCUUCUACUGUGCCCCUACGUCACGCUACGAAUAUUCUGAGCUACCUUCGCUCAUCGGUAGCCAGGAAAUCUGAUAGAAUUCUGAGCACUGAACCGCUAUUAAAGAUUUACGAUACGUUAUUAAAAAAUCCUGAUGGGUUUUUGGAUGAACAGAAAAUUUACGAAUUGCAAAGUGCAAUAGUAGACACGGCAUCAAUGAAAAGGGACGUAGUGUUCAAAGGUCAUGAGUACAAUUUGCAAGGCACAUUGGUUCAAGAUGCCGCGUACUUCAAAUUUUUACUAAAUCCUCGUUCCGAAGAAUGGUUGCUGGGUUCUAUGAACGUAGAAAUUAUUGGGGCUGUAGGAAAUGUAUCUAUGGCACUUGUUACUUACGAAGCUCUAUCGUCGCGCUUGCCUUCCUUAAGAAGAUCUAUUGAAAUGAAGGGCGGACGUGAAGUAGAGUACCACAUGGCUUCACCGCAAUCCCAGAUCCAUGCUGAUAGACAAGAUGAUACUCAGUAUACUGUCACCCUAUUGUUCACGCAUUCAAAAAAUUAUACUGCUAUAGAGUCGAAAUUGGCUUGUGCAUUGAGAACACCAAAUGACCCGUCUACUUGGAAUAUAAAUGCGUGUGAAGUCAAAGUUCCUGAAGCAAGCCGAGUAUCCUGUCGAUGUAGAGGACUCGGUACAUAUGCGCUGUUUACGGUAGCGCGUUCUACACUCACAGAUGCGGAAAAGGACCUGGGCGAGAUUGUCAAAGUGACAGUAGGCUUAGGCGGUGCGAUGUGUCUUAUUGCUGCUGUCCUUCAGCUUAUUACACUGCUAAAUACAACCAGCUCUAGACUUCCAGGAGUUUUGAAGGUUGUAACUGCUGCAUUUAAUGGAGCUGCCUUAUUGACGCUUUUGGAAUGUGAUACUAGGCAGGAAGAGUCCUGUCCAGGUCCGUUCGGGUGGUUAUGUGCAGCGUUUUGGUGUAUCGCCUGCGCAGCCCUUUGUGCUCAACCACUGUUACUGCAAGCUGAACUGGCUGGCCGAGCUCAGCGCGCUAGCUCUGUAGGAAUACUUGCUGGUUUCAGUACACUUGCCUGUUUAAGUGCCCGUCUUUGGGGCGGUCAACCAUUACAACUGGGUACUGCUGCACAAAUUGUCUGUGCUACAGGUUGUGCACUGCUCACGCUGCUCUGUCUCGCUCUAGCACUAUGCGCGGCGUUACGCCUGCGCAUCAUUAUGCGCAAAGUGCCGGCUGAACGGCGAACUUAUUUCAGCGAUAGAGUGCGUAUAGUCCGCAAUACUCUGAUCCUGCUAUUGACGACGACUGCAGCCCAAGUGACCUGUAUAGCGUAUGUGCAGCCGGGCGAACGGAGUAUAACGCUCGUUGCUGUUCUUUCCGCUGCUGCUCUUAUCAAUGGGCUUGCCAUGUUUAUCUGCUACGUUCUCUGCGAUGGCGAAAGCAAGCGGUUCGUGCGCAGAUUUAUGUCGCAGCCUUCCAAAAGCUGCAGAAAACAACGUGGAGACACCACACUUAGCUUGUACAUUAAGCAAGGAUGCGAGGUCGAGAGCCGAGGUGGUAUGGGACUCGAGUCUUCAUCGCCAAUCACGCCGAUGUCGUCCUAUUGGCGAUUCGAGAGCCCCUCCAAAAUAAGAAAUCUUUCAUCGCUGUCGCAAGAAGACAGCCGCGCAGACAUAGUUCAAUCUGUCGAAUGCAAAGCUGCAGUCCUCAAUACUCAAAAGUAUGGACCAAACCAAGUCACGACACGUGCUCUCUGCGAUCUCAUACCUCAACCUGAUCACCUCGGAACUGCUUAUGUAGAACUAAGUGUACCAAGAGAAAUUAGACUACCUUGUCUGCUCAAUACACACGGUUUGGAAAGGACACCCUCGUUCAGGAGUUGUAAAACGAAUUUCUUGAACUUUACUCAAGAAUCUUGCUCAUUGUGCGUCCAAUCCAAUCCUGAUGUGUCCAAAAUCGCAUUUCCAAUAAAGAGCUGCCUUAAAAAACCUAAAGCAUUCGCAUCCACUGUAUCUUUACCGGCUGAUGAGAUACAAACGAAAUCGGAUAUCGAAUUUGUAAAUAGGAAAUGGAAUGAAUUGUACAAUACGUCUGAAACGGACCAAAUGAUACAUAAGAUAUCGCACGAUCUAGAUUUUCUAUUAAAUAGAAAUAAAAGAAAAGAGAGUAAUCAAAUACAAGAAGCGCCCACCUAG